AUGGUAUCAACCAUCAGAAAGCCCUCAUCGUCAACGGAUGGCUUCUUCCAAUCCAUCCCCACUGUUCCCCCGGCAUAUACCUUCGUUAGCGAUGGGUCCGCAGACUCCAGCUCCCUGACCGCUUCGGACGAUUCAGCCCUUGCAAGAAUUCUCAAUCUGUACCUGCCACGUGAAUCCUCAGUUGGUGUCUCAGUCCACAACCUAUCGCGUCGUGCACUGGAUCCAGUUACCCUGAACUUGGCGACCGAUGCUGAGGUGAACUCACCUAUCAUCCGGCCACUUAAUACUUUUGGCAACCAGAAUCGCGUUGACCCAUUAAUUACUGGAGAAGGAUGGAGAAAAUUGAAAACCAUCGGGCAAGAAGAGGGUUUGGUUACAGCCGCCUACAAUAAGAGCAAUGAACAGUGGAAUCGACGUGUGCAUCAGUUCGCAUUGAACCAUGUGUGGUCUCCCAGUGCUGCGAUGACGGGAUGUCCUGCCUCAAUGACAGACGGAGCAGCCAAAUUGUUGGCAGCACGCCUGGACGAUGUGGAUGGUGACCAGCCUGGCCGUCGUACGGUUUUUCAAGAAGCAUACAGACGUCUCAUAUCAGACAACCCUAAUGAGGCCUGGACUAGUGGACAAUGGAUGACAGAGAGAACGGGUGGUAGUGAUGUGCGGGAGACGGAGACGCUGGCGCGGCGUUUGACGACACAGGAGAUCUCGCAAGAUGUCGAACAGGGACGAGAUACGGAUGCCCAUGGAUUGCAACUGGGCCCAUGGCGCAUCGACGGGUUCAAGUGGUUUAGCAGUGCCACCGACUCUGACAUGGCCCUGCUACUUGCGCAGACAGAUAAGGGUCUCAGCCUCUUCUUCGCCCCCAUGCGGCGUCGCUCCGAAAAGAAGAGUACCUCGAGCGAGCUGAACGGCAUUCGUAUCCAGCGUUUGAAGAACAAAUUGGGCACCAAGUCCCUACCCACGGCAGAGUUGGAGUUGAAGGGGGUCCGUGGCUGGCUGGUUGGAGAAGAAGGAAAGGGAAUCAAUGCCAUCUCGACAGUGCUCAACAUCACUCGACUCUAUUGUGCUGGUGGAUCAGCAGCAGGCUGGGGCCGCGGGCUAUCCAUUUGCCGGGCAUACACUCACAUUCGUAAAACGCGCGGAGUGCUUCUGCAGGAGAAUGUGCCGCAUGUGCGAUGGAUGGCGGACGAGAUGGUGAAGUAUUCUGCGGCAAUGCAUUUCACAUUCUUCGGGGUUGCGCUGCAGGGUACCAUCGAACAGAGCUGGGACUCCAUGGUCCGCAAUACCAACGCUGCCGAACUUAUUCCACAAAACCCUGUCAAGGCUGCCACUCUCCUGCGUCUGAUCACACCUGCCCUGAAGGCCACUGUUAGUGUGAACUCGACCCACGGACUUCGCGCAUGUAUGGAAUGCCUAGGUGGGGUUGGUUACUGCGAGAAUAACGAAGAUGGUGGUAUCCUGAACAUCGCCAAGAUCUAUCGAGACACAACCGUCAAUGCCAUCUGGGAGGGCACGGUCAGCGUUAUGGCUGAGGACGUUAUUCGAGUUCUUACCGACAAACGGUUGCAGGGUGAGAAGUCGGCGGGCUUUAUUUUGGUUGAAUGGACGAAGAAUAUUUUGAAGAGCUGCCAAAUGAGGUUUGUGGAGGAGUGUGGUAUUGUGGAAGGAAGAUUAAACGCUCUUCUUGAGAUCACACAGAGUACCAGCAGGGAGGAACUCUUAUGGUGUGGGAGGGAUAUAUUGCAACAUAUUGCCGCUAUAGUGUCCUCGUGUCUGCUAAUUUACGAUGCAUCGACCGAUGGUGAUGAGCGCGCUAAACAGAUAGCCUCUAGGUGGGUACGCUCACAAGCACUCGUGGGUCCCAGAGGCGGCUUGAAGUCAUCAUGGCGGCAUGAGUCUGACAUGGAUAGAUUGAUCUUUUUGGGCGAAAUCACAUCUGUCUGCCGGCCGGCGAAGAUCUGA